GCUCUCUUCCUAAAGAUCUCUCUCCACUGGCCCGCUUCCAUUUUUCUUCUCCAUCUCUCUCUCUCGCCAUUGCAAAUCUGGAGAUAAUCCUUCAUCUUCUUCUGUUUUCAUGGAGGUUUUGCCUCCAAAUUUAGAGAAUCUCAAGCCUAAAGAAACUCGGACCGACUCACUGAUCUCUGAAUUGGCCAUGGACGAGUCAACCGAGGCUCCCCUACAGGACGAAUCUUCUAGCCAGGGCACUCGUAUGACGGAGUCUGUACCUUCUGAUUGGACCGAUGAGAAGCACCAUUUGUUCCUUGAAUCCAUGGAGGCAUCUUUUGUCAGCCAGAUGUUUGAUUCUGCGCAUUCAGGUGGUACCGGCUCCGGGAAGGAAAAUUCAUCAUGGACAAAAUUGCACGGCCAAAGCCAGGCCGCUUCUCAUGUCCACUCACAUGUUGGCCAGUUUAAGGUUCUUCGACAAGGCAGCUGGAAGAAUGUUAAUUUUGAACCAACUGAAGCUCGGCCGAAUUUAUUGAAUGAUUACCAGGCUCUAUCGCGCAAUCCAUGGAUACAUCACUUCAGAGCUGCUCGCAAAAACAAAAAUGUUGCAUGUAAAAGUCCAGCCAUCAGUUCAAGAAAAAGGAAUUUGUUGCCAUUUGGAGCAGGACCUAUGCGUGCUUGUAACUCUGAUUUGUCUCAGCAUUGUAUAUACAACAAUAAAGAAGUGUCGGAUCAGAACUUUGUUGAUGGAGAAAGGGAAGUUGAAAAAGUUGCAAAGGGGAGCAAUGAUUGCAAUACCAAAAGGGUAAAAACUUCAGAAACCAAUGAUUUGAUCAACGACCAGGUUGUUCCUUAAGUUCCACGAAAAGGAGAUGAUGCUUAACAAGAAUUCUCUUACAGCCAGCAGAUAGCUAAAUCCAUGAUUUUCGCCAAGACGGACUUUGUAGACUACUUCUCUAACCCGGGAAAGGCUAUAGAUGAUCAGAGAUUGUUGGUGAAGUCUGUAAAAUCCUCAUUUUGAUGCUCUUGGUUUGUCUGUUGAUUUAAGUUCUAAUACCCUUGAGCGUCUGCAGUUGCGUAGUAAUUAGCAAAUCAGCAGCUAUGGCUUUGACCGGGUAGAUGAGUAUGGUAAUGUAAUUCAUCAUAUGUAUAAUAUAUAUAUAUAUAAUUUCUUUUGGUA